AUGUCGUUUAAUUCAUAAACUGCUAUUUACUUCAAUUUCUGCAGAAAUCUUCACGAAUAUUUGCUGAAAUCCAAUUAUCCAUGCUUUUGGCUGCAUUUUAAAUCAAUUAAAAAAAAUAAAAUAAAGGUUCUUACAUGCAAAGAUUUUAACUUUUUUAGAAAUGAAAAAAAAUUUCCAAACCCCAGCAAAAGAUGCUCUCAGGAGGGGUGGGAGGGGGUGGGUAUUAGAAUGAAAGCACAUUUUGCUGGGGAUAAGGAAUAGAUUUUUUCAUUUCUUCAUUAUAGUUUUAUUAAAUGCAUAUCUUAGGUUCAAAGUAUUGAGAAGACUCUGCUGAAGGAGUGUGUUCUUAGAAGCCAUCAAAGACAAAUCAAGAAUGAAGUGAAAUCUAAGGCGUUGGAAUAAAGUGAGCCUCCUUGUGUUCUUAGAAUUGUAUAACUUUGCUAUUGA